UUUAUACCUCCGUUCCCUGUGAAGUAACACUGCUACUUGAUGAUAAUAUUAUAUGCACGGGGACUAUCAACCUUGCCUUCCUCAACAUCCGUUUUGAUCAUCAAUUCAGCUUAAUUAGCGUGUAGUCGUUAAAGAAAACGACUUCUAAACUAGAAGAAUUGAAAGUAUUUAAUAGAGGACGCAGGUCGUAAAUUUUUUGCCGUUGUUCUUUACUCAACAAGGAUUUGGGCUUUUUGUAUCAUACUCGCCACGUUUAACGUUUUCCAUAGCCUUUCCUGUUUUAUUCUUCAUUUUUUGAUAGCAACCUCCAUUGACCCUGUAUAUUUUUUUUUUUUUAAAAAAAAAAGUUUGUAAAAUUCCGUCGAGUACUUCUUUCAAUUUCAGCUUCUUAAAUAUUUGAAUCUACUCUGCGUUUACCAUGACUUCCUUGCUUGGUCGAAUCGACGUUUGGGGACUUUUAAAGCCCAUUUUAGAAAGUGAUCUUGGUGUCAUCGUGAUCGCCCUUGGAGGAUUUAUCUUGGCGAAGAAGGGAUUUCUCUCAAGAGAAUCUCAAAAGACGAUUUCCAAUCUCAACGUUUACUUCUUCACACCCUGUCUGGUUUUUGAAAAAGUCGGUAAUGGCUUGAAUUUAAAAAUGCUUAUUGAUCUCUCUUUACUACCUCUUUUCUAUGUGAUAAUUACAACAAUUUCUGUGCUGGUUUCUUAUGUUAUGUCUCGCAUGUUUAGACUCACUCGUCGACAACGAAAUUUUGCUACUGCGUGCAUAGCCUUCCAAAACUCCAAUUCUCUUCCUUUAGCCUUAGUUACUUCUUUGGCGAAUACGGUAGAAAGUCUAAAGUGGGAUAAAAUCCCCGAUGAUAACGCUGAGAAAGUGGCUUCUCGUGGUAUCAUGUAUCUUCUAAUUUUUUCUCAACUUGGUCAGGCUCUUCGUUGGUCAUAUGGUUAUAGAAUUCUCUUAUCGCCUAACCAGCCUCAUGAUGAGGAAGAUUACGAUCAACUAUGGGAUCGCAGGACUGCUAAUGAAGAUGAAAUUGAGAAUUUAUUAACACCUAACGAACAUGAUGACUAUGGCCAACUGAAUCUACCAUCUUCUAGUGGAUUCUCCCAGUCUCUAAAUGCCCAAGCAAGUACCGAGGACAUCGAAUUUAAAGAUUCUAAGUUAAAAAAAGCAAUUGUUCUUUUAUUAGAUUUUUUCAGUCCUCCACUGUACUCUUUAUUCGUUGCCCUUUUCAUUGCCGUUGUCCCACCCUUGCAGAGAUUCUUUUUUGAACCUGGUUCUUUUGUUGAGGCCAGUGUUACCAGUGGUAUCCGAAUGGUAGGUGACGUUGCUGUACCAUUGAUUUUGGUGGUCUUGGGUGCUAGUCUUGCAACUGAUAUUACAAAGACAGAGGGUUCAGAACAACCUACCAAAAUAGAUGACACGCGCGUCCUUACCGUCAGUCUUCUCGGACGAAUGGUGGUUGUACCUAUGGUGAUUUUGCCUAUUUUUUCUUUGUUAUCUUACUUUAGUGAGAUUAGCACAGUAGACGAUCCAGUCUUUGUUGUCGUUAUUUUCCUUUUGGUAGGAAGUCCUACUGCUAUCCAACUCACCCAAAUAUGUCAGUUGAACGGAGUUUUUGAAAGAGAAUGCGCAAAAGUCCUUUGGUGGUCUUAUGCCAUUUUCACACCUCCAAAUUCUCUGAUUCUUGCUUUUACAAGUCUUUUGGUUGUUGAUUGGACAAAAUAAGACUCAGUUAAAUGUACUUUAUCUUUAAAAAGGUUUAUUUAUUCAUGCAAAAUUAAUGCCUUAAAGUUUUAUUCUUAGUUUAAAGGUCUGAUUUUCCAAAUCUGAUCUGACUAGACAUGUACUCCCGUCCGAGUCUAUUCUUGGGAGAUAUCGACUACCCAAAUACUCAUGAUUCAAACUAGAUAACACUGAUGUUCAAUUCUUUAUGUUCGUUUAUGCCUUCUCUUGAACCCGGUUGCGUCCUGCAAUAUUAGAUUUACUUUGACAUGCCAAUAAUAAUUUAUGAAAAGAAGAUCUUUUUAUGUUUGCUUUCCUUACUUUAUUGGAGCUUUCAGUAACAUGCGUUUCAGUUGGGAUUUUUUCUUUUUUGACGGUUCUGCAAACUUACAUAGUUAAUCAUAAUUUAUAAUACCUUCAUCUUGCGUAAGUUAUUUAUAAAUAGUA